AGGGCGAACAGCUGCGCAUGGACGAAUACGAUGAUGAUAUGCCGGGCAGUGACCCCGGCGGGUAUGGAGACGAUACGCCGAAGAGAUCACCUUGCCAUCCCACAGGCGUUCUUGCGCAGCAGCGACUUCGCCAGACAGUGAGAUGUCGUAUUCAUACGAUUGAGGUAAGCCGUGUGCCUCUGUGUAUGAUUAUGCGUCGCAGAAUGUAGACAUCAAAUCACCACCGCAGUGGUCGUCGACUGGGCGAAGGGCGACAAAUUCAGAUCUGACAGCGAUCACGAUGAUGUUGAGGACGAUGAGAGCGAACGAUACCCCACGAGCACCCAAGACCUCCUCUCCAAGUAAUCCUAUCGACCCGGGCUUGCCACAUACUGCAGAAUGGUCAGGUUUGACAUGCUUCGGAUGCCAUGCGCUGGCCUCGUGCCCCGGCCUCAUGUAUGCCGCGUUGCGUUAUGAAGGUUCCCUCCCUCCGUCCCAGUGCUAUGUCGGGAGUUGACGAUAGCCUUGACCGGGACUUGGCGCCACAAGCUGCCGGCGAGACUCAACCCACCUGGUCAAUCACCAGCAUGUCUUGUUCAAAGCCGGCGUUUCCUUGGCAAGCCUUCAAUCCCGCUGUGAAGCUGCCGGAUACAAGAAAUGACGCUCUUCGCUCGGCAGUACUCUCCUCAAUAGCCACUGGCAACUUCACCGACACCAGGUUCUUCGUCCCUGCCCGCCACUCGCAAUCAGGAAAUGUCACGGGUCUGCUGCCGCUCUACGUGAACAGCAUGAUGUUUCGAAGGGCGUCCGAUGAAUUUGACAAGAUGCUUAGCGGCGGGUUUUGUGAAAGUGUGUCGGCGAGCUUUGCGGCUGAGCCCACGUUUGGGAAGCUUGAGGUCCCGAUAGAUGAAUACGGCUAUGAAUCGGAUAGCGACCUCGGCGAUGCUGAAGAUGAACCUUCAAACGAUGAAACGACCAAGCAUGCUGCCCCUAGCGCUGUGCAGGACAGUUCGACCGAGGAAGAUGAUCAGAGAGCGAGGAACAUCAUUGAUAGUAGCGGCGAGACCACUGCAAAUCGAGAAAAGAAUCAGCAAGCAGUGCAGACAGCACAGUCUGUCAAGGUUGAUGCGGCUUCUGGCUCGGCUCAGCGGUCCCCCAGUGGGUGUAUUGGUCGAACGGUUUUCGUGAAGGAUAUGGCGUACAAGACAUGGGUUGCACUCAUUGCAUAUCUAUACACAGGACAGAUAAAAUUUUCUCCGCUACAGUCCAGAGCAAUAUCGCUUCCGAACCAGCCCAAUACGUCAAACGACGAUACCUCGUACUUCGAGAUGAAUCAGUGCUCGCCGAAGUCUAUGUACCGCCUUGCAGAUAAGUACGGCCUCGAUUCGCUGAAGUCCCAGGCUCUGGAGAAGAUACGAUCAGAAUUGGUCCCAGACAACAUCCUGAAGGAACUUUUCUCCACUUUUACGUCCAGGUACCCCGAGAUACAACAACUCCAAGUUGAUUUCCUAUGCGAUCACAUUCAUACCUCAGACGCCAUGGCUACAAUGCCCGAGUGGAUUGCUAUGAUCGCCCAAGGCCACCUCCCACACAGUCAACAUGUGGUAUCAACCUUACUGUUGAAUAUGGCCUCCAAGAUACCCAAGCCGUUCUCUACAGUGUCUGAUAAACGGCCCGUGGCCCCCUUACCCAAGCGAAAAUAGCGGGGCGACAAGUUCCCCGCGGCGAGACCGUCAGGCCAUCGGGAACUUGACGGAAUCGGUGUCAUGCUUUAGUCUCUCACGCAGUGCAAGGGAGCUUGAUUGUUAUACUUUGUAAUAUAGUGCUAGGAGAAUGCUCAUGGCUCGAAGAUGUGUC